AUGGGCUCUACCUACCCCGAGAGGGCAACGCAACUAGACCUCGGAUGGCAGGGGUACAAGCUUAUCCUGAGGACGGACCAGGAAAAUGCCAUCAAGGUUGUGGCGGAUGCUGUUAAGGCAGGGUUCUCUGGCGAUAUCUCCUUGGAGGAAUCGGUCAAGGGAGAUCUGUGUAACGGAUACAGGGCAAAGAGGACGACUCCGUUUCAGCGGCUGAAAAGCUGGACAUGGCAGGUGGCCCUGCCAAGUUUCGAGGAGAGAGGUAGCGGACUACUGCAAGCGAGCAAAGAGCAAAAUGGAUGCCAGAUGGCAGGAAGGGAUCUACUGGGUCUGCGCCACAGCAGCUCUGAGAAGAUCAUCGGUACCCGAUCUGGGAUCUUGGUGGCUCAGUCCAUCAGGAAGAAACCAGACGACAAGCAGUUCAGCCUUGAGGGCUGUAAAGGGGACACCUUGGCAACCAGCUCAGAAGUUGCCUCUGCUGCAGAUGCCGAGGUGCUCCCAGACCUUGCAAAGCUUGAGCGUGAAAGCCAGCGCGAGACCGAGUUCUUUGCGAAAGUCCACGAAGCGGAGGAGAAGAAAAGGAAAGCAGCCAAGGAAGCGGCGGCGGCGCCAUUGAAAGCUGAAGAAGACCGAGACGCAGAAGCCAGCAGCGUCCGCUUCGGGGCCAAUCGUGGCAAGCGCAAAGGCGAGGAGCCAGCCGACGAGAAAAGAGUUGAACCCAGACCUGCAGAGGCAUCGAGCAGCCGACUUGUGACCUGGAAGAUGGGCUGGUGGAGGCUUCUGAGGCUGAACGUCCAUGGGGUCGAAGUGGCUGGAAGCUACGAGGAGCUGAAGUGGUUGGAACGAGAACUGAACCAGGUUUGGACAGUCGAGACCAGAGGUAUCCUGGCCAGGACUCAAGCCGAAAAAAUGGACACCACACCUCAGAGCGAGGACGAGACUCAACAUUAUCGCUCCAUAGGCAUGCGUAUCGGCUACUUGUCAAUGGACAAGCUGAGGUGCUUGAAAGGCCUGCCAGGGCUAGUGCAAAUGAUUCCCAAUCAGGAGCAGCUUGUUUCCAUUAGUGCCUGGUCUGACCGCGCAGAGUACUAUGCUCUCAUCUCCACAGCUUCUACUGCCUUGGGCGAACAAGCAAUGCCGGCAGAUUGGGGAGUAAAGCUCUCAGAGGUGAAGAUAUCUGAGGUCUAUUUCCACAGCCUGAUGUGCGCUCGGCCACCUUCAGUAAAAGCUGGUCUUCUCGAUUCUUACAUGCUCGAUAUCACAAUUGAGGUUGUGAAAGCUCGAGACUCCACAGUGGCUGGUGGUCGAGACGAUGGUGAAACACUCCUGUCGCGGACGAUGGACAAGACAGAUUCCAAGGGUACAGGCUUGUGGUCGGUGGUUGAGGCGCUGCAGGCCCUUCGCAAUGCGGGCAUGUCAAGUGUCACAGAAGCAUGUGAAUCGGCGACGGCAUGGCACAAGGUCUUCGUCCAGGAUGUGUGUCAGAAGUUGCAAUUGGCCUGCCAACUAGGCGGCUGUGCCGGCGCCUUCGCUGGCAGCUGCAUUAUUGGCAAGGCAAAUGUCCAUGGUACGCCACGGGCUUAG